AUGGUGACUGGAAUUGUUUCAGGAAAAUUGGCCUUUGUUACAGGUGCUGGAUCUGGCAUUGGCCGAGCAGCAUGUCAAGUCCUUUCCCGUGAAGGUGCCACAGUAAUAGCGGCAGAUAAAAAUUACGAAGCUGCCAUGGAAACAAUUAAAACAUACACUGCUUUAGCAUCAGGAUCUAAUGCUGUUGGUGACCAUUCUGCUGCAGAGUUAGAUGUAUCAAGCUCAAAUUCAGUAGCAGACCUUCUAACCAAAUUGCAAAAACAAUUCAAAAAACCACCAACAAUCAUUAUAAACUCUGCAGGCAUUACAAGAGACAAUUGGUUGUUGAAACUCUCUGAGGAUGAUUUUGAUAGUGUACAAGAUGUUAAUUUAAAGGGUACAUUUCUGGUAAUGCAAACAUUUGCCAAAGUGCUAACAGCUGCUUCUCUCCCUGGGUCUAUUGUAAAUAUAUCAAGCAUUGUUGCCAAGUAUGGGAAUAUGGGCCAAACUAGUUAUGCUGCAAGCAAAGCUGGUGUUAUAGGAAUGACAAAAUCAGCAGCUAAAGAACUAGGAAAAUUUAACAUAAGAAUAAAUGCAAUUUUGCCUGGUUUCAUUGACACACCAAUGGUGAAAACAGUUCCUGAUAAAGUAAAAGAGGGUUUACUGAAAAUGAUACCAUUAGGAAGAAUGGGUGAUCCCACAGAAAUUGCAGAAGUGAUCACUUUCCUUAGCUCUGAUAAGAGUUCAUACAUUACUGGUGCAACAGUGGAUGUGUCUGGUGGAUAC